GGAAAGAAAGCGAAGUGGGCAAGGCAAUAGUAAAGCGCGCUCCUUUUUAUGUUCCAGGAAAGGGCCUGAGCCUCCUGAGAUCAAAGAGGUAAAGCCUCAGCGUUGGGUGAAAGAUGCUUGGAUCCUGUAUGCCUCCCCCUGGCAACUGCCGCAGCCCAGCUGGUGUCAAAUGCAUGGCUCGGCUUUCCUUUGCAGCGCAUCAGAGAGGCUGAGAGGGGGGGGGGUCGUGUCCCCUGGGCACCCCAGGACCUCCAGAAACACGGCCCAGGCUUGCGCCCCCCCCCCCGGAAGGCCACUUGGGUGCUGCAAACGCAGCAGAAACAACCUGAGAGGCGGCAGGGAGGGGACACCCCAAAUGGCAAGGAAGGGGGCAACCCCGCCACAGUUUUGCGCUCUGCAGCAAGGGGAGGUAGGUCAUGGGGGGCUGAUGCGUCCAAAUCCAAAGUGGGCCCCAAAUAUCGGCAUUCUUUCCAUUGCAAGAGCCUCUUGAAUGCUUCACCCUCCCUUGCCAACCGCAAGAUUAGCUCAGUCCUCACUGAGAGGGCGCUGAGGAGACCUGCAGGCUGAGAGGGAUGCAAAGCUCAGCUCAGGGACUGGGUGGGUGGGUGGGUGGGUGGGUGUUCUCGUGGACUGUCCGCAGUGAGCGAAGGUGGCAACAAGCAAGCGGGGUGGACUAGAUGACUCUCGUGAUCCCUUCCAACUCUAUGAUUCUGUGGAUAACCUUCCCCCCCCCCCCCUGCAAAGCUCUGCAGGUUGUUUGGGUACCAAUUUUUUUUAAAAAAGGAUUUCCUUCAUUUAGUUUUAAAGUGUGUUUCUUUUUCAAUUUCCAUCUUGAUGUCAUUUGCACUAGGUAAAAACCAGAGGCAACUUAACCAGAGCACUUAGUGCUUCAUUCGAUUCAGUCAGUUUAUUACAGUCAUAGACCAGCAUUUAACCGUGCAAGCUCUAUAGUAAUAGUAAUACAGUGGUACCUCGGGUUAAGUACUUAAUUCGUUCCGGAGGUCUGUUAUUAACCUGAAACCGUUCUUAACCUGAAGCACCACUUUAGCUAAUGGGGCCUCCUGCUGCCACUGCGCCGCCGCCACCCAAUUUCUGUUCUUAUCCUGAAGCAAAGUUCUUAACCUGAGGUAAUAUUUCUGGGUUAGUGGAGUCUGUAACCUGAAGCGUAUGUAACCUGAAGCGUAUGUAACCCGAGGUACCACUGUAAUAAUAAAAAUAAUAAAUUAAGCUGUAAGGGAUCAACUGGGUACAUUUCCUUUGUUUUGAUUUUUUUGUUAUUAUUUUUAAAUAUAAAAAUUAUUAUUAAUUAUUAUUAUUAUUAUUAUUAUUAUUAUUAUAUUUACUAUUUGCCAAACAUUCAUCGUGAAAAGUAAGUACUGUGAUGGUUCUGCUGUGCUUCGCAGUGCACAGCUGCUGCAGAUGUUGUGGCUUUUUGAGCUUUGGCUUGUGCAAAGUGACUGAGAGGUUUUGAGCUUUGUCAUUCUGCAUGGGUUGUGAGCCUCACCACAAUAGAUCACAAGUAUUUUUUAUUUUUGCUUCUUCAGUCAUACUUAAGCCAGUUGUAAAAUGUAUCCUUGUGAGGGGCACCAUGGAUACGCCCAAUGGGUCCUAGGAACGGUAGUGUUCCCCUUCCCACCGAAUUUAACAAACUACUACCCCCAAGAUACCUUGGGGAAAGCCAUGUGCUUUGAAUGUGUUUUAAAUGUAUGGUGUGGAGGUGACAUGUUGCUUUGUUGUGAGUGUGUGUCUGAAAGGAUUUGCCUCUUUCAUUUUUUGGCACUGCAAGAUGUUAAGGUGAACCAGCUGAGAAGGGUGUAUGUUCUUCAAGGUCUCUCUCAUGAAGUCUUGACUCCUGCACAAUUGAAAUAAUAAUAUUUGCAGGGAGGCUUAUUGUUAUUGCUUGUUACUGUGGUAUGCAUUUCUGUGCUUUUAUGUCAUAAACCUCCCUUUGAUCAAGGGUAGUAUAGAAAUGAAAGAAAUAUUAAUAAUCAAAUAAAAACUAGACACAAAUCUCUUCAGUUAUAGCACCCUUUCAUUCUUUUCUGGGAACCAUAGUAAUAUUUUUUUAUGUCCAUGGGCGUUUAUUUCAUAAUAGAGAAUUUUCUUUAUUUUUUCAGGGGCUAGAAUCCUUUGAGGAGGCAGCUGUGUAUUUCACCAAAGUGGAGUGAGAUCUCCUUGAUCCAGGCUAAAGAGCUCUUCAAGAAAGCCAUGCCAGAGAAUUGUGGGAAUAUGGCCACUCUGGGUAAGGAUUCCUUUUCCUUGGUUGAUACAUGUUUAUGUUGGGAAAGAUGGAGGGCACAAGAAGAAGGGGAUGACAGAGGACGAGAUGGUUGGACAGUGUUCUUGAAGCUACCAACAUGAGUUUGACCAAACUGCGGGAGGCAGUGGAAGACAGGAGUGCCUGACGUGCUCUGGUCCAUGGGGUCACAAAGAGUCGGACACGAUUAAAUGACUAAACAACAACAACAACAACAUUAUAUUUCUGUCCCACCUUUCCUCCAGGUGUACAUAGCUCUCCUCCUCCCCAUUUUAUCUUCACAGCAACCCUGUGAUAUAGGUUAUGCUUAGAGGCAGCUACUGGCCCAAGAUCACCCACUGUUGGUCCUUUUUGUGAUAUUUCUCAGGGCCCUGUAGGGAUGCCAGUGUGGAAAUGGGAGGCUGGGCUAUGUGCUCUGGACAUGCCUUCCCUGCUACACUGUGUUAGACCUGGCCUUGGCUGUUGCCACACACACACACACACACACUUACACUUCGAUUGAGGGAGAAGUGAUGCUUGCAGUGUUAGUCAUGGAUGUGAGUGUAAUGCUAUAUCCUCCUGCCACAGCGUUUUUCUUCCAAACAGUAGAUGAGGUGGUAAACCUCAGGUUCUUAGUAGGAACUAAGUGGGAUUUAGAAGACAGGAGUGCCUGGCGUGCUCUGGUCCAUGGGGUCACGAAGAGUCGGACACAACUAAACGACUAAACAACAACAGCAAGUGGAAUUUAAUCCUCCCUUUCACACACCCAUUGCAAAAAGAAAAGAAAAAUAUCAAUGCAUGUAGAAAGCUAGCUGUAAGGGAGCAAGCCUUACCAAGCUGUGUCCCUGACAUGCUGGCUUUGUGUGUGUGAACAGAUGCGUUGCUUUCUUUUAUUUUCGUUUUUGUGUGCCUUCCAUAAUGCGAGCACUUGCCCUGCAGCCUGAAAUCACACACCGGAAUCACACACUGCCCAGGCCUCUUACGGGAGCGAAUUCCAUAGUGGAAUUACGUGUCAUGUGAAGAAGAGCUUUCUCUUGCCAUCCUGAGUCUUCCCACAUUCAGCUUCCUGGGCUGACCCAGAGUUAUAGUAUUAUGCUAAGGGGAGAAGAUCUCUCUUAAUCUCUCUCUCCAUCAUGCAUUAUGCUAUUUGCAUCAUAUACAGUGGUACCUCGCAAGACGAAUGCCUCGCAAGACGAAAAACGCACAAGACGAAAGAGUUUUCCGUUUUUUGAGUCGUUCCGCAAGACGAAUUUCCCUAUGGGCUUGCUUCGCAAGACGAAACGUCUUGCAAGUUCUUGCGAGUUUGUUUCCUUUUUCUUAAAGCCGCUAAGCCGCUAAUAGCCGCUAAGCUGUUAAUAGCCGCUAAGCCGCUAAUAGCCGCUAAGCCGCUAAGCCGUUAAUAGCUGCUAAGCCGCUAAUAGCCGCUAAGCUGUUAAUAGCCGCUAAGCCCUAAUAGCCGCUAAGCCACUAAUAGCCGUGCUUCGCAAGACGAAAAAACCACAAGACGAAGAGACUCGCGGAACGGAUUAAUUUCGUCUUGCGAGGCACCACUGUACCUGCUUUAUUUGCCAUUUUUCUUGCCUAUAAAGCUUGGUUCAUUGUCACAUCUCCUCUCAGGAGAGUUGCACCACCCUCUCAGUCGCUUUCAAGGUCCUUUAUAAAUAUACAGAGUGCAUAUGUUGCUGGGGUUCUGAUACACACAAACACCCUUAUUAUAUUAAGUUGCAGAAAUUGAGAUCACAGUUGUAUCACAGAAGAAGAAGAAGAAAAAAACCCACCCACCAUUUUUACACCUACUGAACUCAAGUAGAAAAUGGACCAAAAGGAACUCAGGUUAUUUUCUGAGACAGUAGCAUAUUCAUACAGGUUUCAGGAAGGGGAGAUUUUUGAGUUUUUAAAAAUUGUCCUUGUUGAAAUCUUUGGUUACUGUAUUAAUCUCUUUAUGGGAUUUCCACCCCCAAGCAGAUGAUGAGCAAGACAACGUGAAUUAUAGGACCCCACCUGUGGUGUCACUAGAAACAACCCAAGCUGAAGCCAGAACAGAGAUAUUUGGAAAUCAAAUGGAACAAAAGAGGCUCAAAGGAAACCAUUCAAAGAAUGUGAACAUGCCCAGCGCUUCUCAGGAUGCUGGCAUCCACAAGCUUCUGGCUGCACAAGAUCAGAAAGGAAAGAGAAGCGAAAAUAUUCUAGUAGAGGAGGAAAUAUUAAAAAAUGAACCAAUAUUAAAUGGACACUGCAGAAAACAAACAGGAGAGAAACCGUAUAGAUGUAUGGAAUGCGGGAAAAGCUUCAGCGUGAGCAGUAGUCUUGCUACACAUCAAAGAACCCACACAGGCGAGAAACCAUAUACAUGCCUGGAGUGUGGGAAAAGUUUCAUUGACAGUGGGAGUCUUUGUGCACAUGCAAGAACCCACACAGGAGAGAAACCAUAUAAAUGCUUGGAAUGUGGUAAAUGCUUCAGUGUAAGUGGAAGUCUGGCUUCACAUCAAAGGACCCAUACAGGGGAGAAACCAUAUACAUGCCUGGAAUGUGGAAAAAGCUUCAGUGUGAGUGGGAGCCUUGCUUCACAUCAAAGAAUUCACACUGGGGAGAAGCCAUAUAAAUGCAUGGAGUGUGGAAAGAGCUUCACUGUAAGCAGUAGCCUUACUUUACAUUUAAGGACCCACACAGGGGAGAAACCAUAUGUAUGCAUGGAGUGUGGGAAAAGCUUUAACAAAAGUGGAAACCUUAAUACACACCGACAAACUCACAUGGGCGAAAAGCCAUAUAAAUGUUUGGAAUGUGGAAAGACCUUCAGUCAACAUCAACACCUCACUUCACACGUAAGAACCCACACAGGGGAAAAACCAUAUAAAUGUAUGGAGUGUGGAAUGAGCUUCAGUGAUGGUGGAAGUCUUACUGCUCACAAAAGAACCCACACAGGAGAAAAACCAUAUAAAUGCCUGGUAUGUGAAAAGACUUUCAGUCAGUGCGGAAACCUUACUGCACAUCAGAGAAUCCACACAGGAGAGAAACCGUAUCAAUGUAUGGAAUGUGGGAAAAGUUUCAGUGUGAGUGGAAGCCUUUCUGCACAUCAAAGAACCCACACAGGAGAGCAACCAUAUAAAUGUGUGGAGUGUGGAAGGAGCUUCAGCGUGAGCAGUAGUCUAACUUUACAUCAAAGAACUCACACAGGUGAGAAACCCUAUCAAUGUAAGGAGUGUGGGAAGAGGUUUAGCAAAAGCAGAAACCUUAAAAUACAUCAGAAAACCCACACAAUGAAGAAACCUGCCUGAGGUCUGUUCCUUAGACUUUCAGACUAAACAAGCUAGGCCUUAGCAAUUGUGCGGGCAUAGCUAGUACAGAAGCAGGAUUCACAACACAUAGCCCUUCACGGCCUAGGACCCUUGUACCUACAGGACUGCCUCUCCUGCUAUGCCCCAUGGAGGACCUUAAGGUUCAUAAAUAGCAACACACUAGAGGUCCCGGGCCCUAAGGAAGUCAGAUUAGCCUCAACCAGAGCCAGGGCCUUUUCAACACUGGCUCCAGCCUGGUGGAACGCUUUGUCUCAUGAGACCAGGGCCCUGCGGGAUCUGAUUUCUUUCCGCAGGGCCUGUAAGACAGAGUUGUUCCACCCGGCCUUUGGCUUGGAGCCAAUUUGAUUCCCUCCCCCUCUUUCUUUUUUCCUUUCUCCUCCUGCGAUGGAACUCCUAUUUGGGGACUUCCCUGGCUUUUUUCUGGCCCAUGUAGGACCAGUCUGGAAAGUUAGCCUUGGUGAAGACUUGACGUUUUCAUCCCCCAAAAAGUUUUUGAUUUGAGUUUCUAUUGAAAUGAGGCUGUAUUUUAAUGCUUUAAUGUUGUAUUUUAAUUUUGUUUUUAAGUUGUAUUUCAAUCAAUUUGUUUUUAUAUCGGGUGUUAGCUGCCCUGAGCCCGGUCUUGGCUGGGUGUGUAUGUGGGGUAUAAAUAAAAUUUAUUAUUAUUAUUAUACAUACUGAUGCACAGGGAGAGGGGGCACCAAAGGCGACCAAGGCCCCAAAAUAACUAGGACUGCCCAAAGAAGACCUGUGAUGAGCUGUUAUCUCAACAAAGGCCCAGGAGAGACAGGUAUUUCUGCUCCUUAUGAGCCCUCCUUGUUACUUGCUAGGUGGCUGGGAGGGGGAGUAUCAAUCGUUGCUGAGGGCCACCAAAAAGGCCUGGAGGGCCACAUGCUCUAGGUGAUUCAGCUAGGUAGACAUGCAACUAGAUUAUUCCCACUGGGUUUUCUGCCUUCUUAGCUCCGUGAAGAAAGGUUAGAAUCUACAAGAGAAAACCUGGUGAAACAAGUCAAGUCCUUUGUUAAAGUAAUUGCCCUCACUGGUGUCAUCAGCAUCUUGAAGAGUUAGGUAGGAAGAUAUGUGUUGGCGUAGUGACAACAGAAGAUGCUUCCAGGAAGGGAUAAGCACCUCACCACCCACUCCUCACCUGAUUGCAUGCUGAGUCAUCCUAGGGGGAGUUUGUUUUUGGUGUGUGAUGCUGGAAGCUGGAGACUGACCCUGGAAACCUAAUGGGAAGGCAAGAUCUGAGUGUUUGGGCUGUGAGCCCCUGCAUCCUUUAUUAAGGCUGUAUAUAUGUGCAAAUAAAACCAUAUAUCC